AUGGCCCAGAGGGAGAAGAACAAAGUGGGAAGAGAACGCCAGGCUCAGAGACAGUCAGCAGAAAAGAAUGACCUUUUCAUAGAGUGCGUCUGGGCCAUGCCAGACCCUGCUCCCACUAAGCCCAGUCCCGGCCCCCCCCACCACUUCCACCCUGCCAGCCCUACGCUGCCCCUCUCCUCCUCUUCUUCUUCUUCUGGCAAUGGCAAGCGCGCCUCCUCCAGUAGCCAGCUCCAGACUCAGACCCCCCCUCAGCAGCAGUGCCAGUUGUCCUCUGCCAGUGCUCGCUACCCGCCCAGAGAGGUGCCACCCCGCUUCCGCCAGCAGGAGCACAAGCAGCUACUGAAGAGAGGCCAGCCACUGCCUGCAGGAGCCCUCAGCGCUCUCACCCUCUCCUCUUCCUCCUCCUCCUCUUCGCCCUCAUCAUCUUAUUCCUCUUCUUCUACGACUACCGACAGCACUUCCCCAAACUCUGCCACGUCCGCUGCGAGCAAACGCCACCCAGACAUAUCCCUUCAGAGUGGCUGUAUUGCCCAUUAUGAGACUUCUCAUUGGGGAGCCUCUUUGCCAGUUGACAGCUGCUCCAGUGCCAACAGCAGGGACAAAGUGAAUAUUGACAAAAGUGACACGGAAGCUUGGCCCUCCAUCAACCACAGUAGUGACACCAGCCAUACCGCAGCACAAGAAUGCACCUUGGGCUCAGCUAGCUCAAACACAGACAACAGUGCUGUCACAACCACCAGUAGUUGUAGAAAUCUGAGUAUGGCCACAGGUGCGGCAGGCCAGCCGGCCCACUACCCCUCUCUUAAAGCCAACAAUAACAUGAUGACAGGACCUGGGUCAGCCAACACGUGUGGUAGUAGAGGUUGGGGCGCAGAUGGGAAACAAGAUGGUAUGAAUGGUGGCAGAGUAGGAAUGCCCAAUAACUGGGGGGUUCCCAAUUUUAACAUGAACCUCAAUCCCAAUGCCAACCCAUCAGCCUGGCCUGUUCUCGGCCAAGAGGCUGGUGGAGGUUGUGGUAUUGGCCCUAAUGCAGUGUCAAACUCCCCAUCCCUUCCACCAGGUAUUAAUGGCAAUGGAAACAUGGGAGAUGGGAGACUGGGAGGUGCAGAGAAUGGCGGUGGAGGCCAGUCCCCCACUGAAUCAUCCCAGCUCAAUGGGGACACAACAGGCAGCUCUGUAUGGGGUAGUGGAGAAACCAAGGCAGCUGACUCCCCCAAGGAAUCCGGCUGGGACUCGACUCCAUCUGGAGGGCAUUCUGCAUGGGGCCGCCAAGGCAGUGGUGGUGGGGGCAGUAGUGGAAGUGGUGGCUGGGGUGACUGGGGGAAAUCUUCUGGUGGAAGCAAAGAAGCAACUAAAGGCUGGGACUCAGUAGACGCUGGUAAUUCUGGUUCAGUCAAAGAACCGCCACUUAGCUCAUGGGGCCAGCAGCCUAGACCAGCCCCAGAAAGUGAGGGUAGUAGGGACAGCACCGAAAGUCAAACUGACCACAGAGACAGGACCUCCAGCACGGAUUGUACCCCUCUUCUACCCCGGCAGGAUCUGGACCCUAGGGUGCUGAGUAACACGGGUUGGGGACAGACCCCCAUUCGACAGCACACUGUAUGGGAGAUGGAAGAAGCUAACUCUGAUGAUGAGAAGAGAAAAGGCUGCUCAGAUGCCAUGGCAGUCUCCAAAUCCACUGGUGGACCCUCAUCCAACACUGGAGGUACCAUCAAUCCAAGAAUUAGCCCCAGUCAGAGGUCUGGGUCUGGAGAAAAGAGUGACAGUGAAGGGUUAUCAUCCUCUGGCUGGAGAGCCAAUCCACCUCAGCCUACCCAGACUGGCUCAGGAUGGGGUGACCAACCACAGUCACACAGCAAAGCGCCAAAUGGCACUAGUGGUCCUAGUGGCUGGGGCGAACCUUUGCCUACCAAUGUUCCUAGAAACGGAGGCAAAUCAUCCUGGGGUUCUGAGGACAAGUCACCCAGUUGGGACAAUGGCAUGACAAAAAGUCAGCCUAACACUAACCCAGGCUGGGAAGAGGGUCCUAAAAGCUCUCAUGGAUGGAGCAAUAGUAAUGGGGGCCCCAACAACUCCAGUGGAGGAGGUGGUGGACGUGGUGGAGAUGGUGGAUGGAAGGAAAGCCCCAGGGGAGGAAAUAGAGGAGGAAACUGGAGUAAACCUGCUCCUACUGUGAGUAAUAACAGCUGGGGGGAGACCCCACAUGCCAAUGGCCCAGCGCAGGGAGGCUGGGGCUCUUCCAAGCCCCAGGAAAAUAACAGCAGUAGCAGCAGCAGUAGCACUGGCAGUGGAGGAGGUGGCAGUAUGGGUUCAUGGGGUGGUCCUGGUACUGUGAAGCAGAACCCAUCAAGCUGGGGCAAUAGCAGCAAACAGGAGCAGGGCAUGGAUCGCAGUGGCUGGGAAGAGCCCUCCCCUCCCUCCAUGCGCAGGAAGAUGGAAAUAGAUGAUGGAACGUCCACCUGGGGCAAUCCUGCGCCCAACAGCGGCAAUCCUGCCCCAAACAGCGGCAAUCCUGCCCCAAACGGCGGCAAUCCUGCCCCCAACGGCGGCAAUCCUGCCCCCAACAGCAAGGCUGUCAACAUGUGGGAUCGAAACAAACCCAAUAAUAACCCAGGUAACAGCGGCCCACCUCCCAGUAAGAAUGGAGGAGUGAUUAUCCCCAACAAUAACAACAACAAUCACUCAGUUGGCCCCGGCAACAACAAUCACCAUCACACUCACCACAUGCACCACCAUCCCAAUCAUAGCCAGCCCAAUCAUAUCCAGCCCCCAACUCACCUGCAACAUCAUGGAAACAACAAUGGGUCAUCCACCAAUGGCACUCAACAUCCAGGCGUGGGCCCCCAGGGUAGACCCCCCCUCGCCAACCCAGGUUGGGGAGAGGUUCCCAGUGUUCAGCCCAAGUCAGAACCUGCUUGGGGAGAGCCAGCAGCUCCAACAUCAUCUGUGGACAAUGGCACCUCCGCCUGGGGCAAGUCUACAGGGGGAGCAGGAGGAUGGGGAGAUGGUGGCCACGAGCCCUCUGGACCCUACGGCAGGGCAAACGGACCCACAGGUUCUGCACCCUGCAAGCCAGGCCCAAAACCUAUGCAAGAGAGCUGGGGAAAUGGAGGAGAGGAGAUGGGCAUGUCGUCCGGGCAAUGGGACACUGAGGAGGGGGACAUGUGGAACAGCCCCACCUCCCAGGAAAGCAGCUCUUCUUGCAACUCCUGGGGCAAUGGACCCAAGAAAGGCCCAAGCAAGGCGAAGAUAGGCAAGCCAGAUGAGGCUUGGAUCAUGAACCGUCUCAUCAAACAGCUCACUGACAUGGGCUUUCCGAGAGACCCUGCUGAGGAGGCUUUGAAGAGCAACAACAUGAACCUUGACCAGGCCAUGAGCGCCCUGUUGGAGAAGAAGACAGACCUGGACAAGCGGGGCAUGGGAAUGUCUGAUUACAGCAACGGCAUGAACAAGCCCAUGGUGUGUCGGCCCUCAGCACUCUCCAAAGACCCCUCUGACCGCAACUCUUAUCUUGACAAGGAUGGUAUUCUGUCAGAUGAAGCCCCCCAAUCACCGUUUCUGCCUUCCCCCAGCAUGAAGCUCCCCCUGGCCAACAGUAGCCUUCCUGGGCAGGGUCUGGGACUGGGCAACCCGGGGCUGGCCAUGCAAAACUUGAACAACAGACAGAUACCCAGUGGAAUGUUUGGCAGUAGUGGAGCAGCACAAACCCGGGCCAUGCAGCAGCAGCAGCCUCCUCAGCCACCAGUGCCACCUCUCAGCUCCUCCCAGCCUAGUCUACGUGCUCAAGUGCCUCAGUUUCUCUCCCCUCAGGUCCAAGCACAGCUCUUGCAGUUUGCAGCAAAAAACAUUGGUCUGAACCCUGCACUUUUAACCUCACCAAUAAACCCUCAACAAAUGACUCUCUUGUACCAACUUCAGCAACUGCAAAUGGCGUACCAGCGUUUACAAAUCCAGCAGCAGAUGAUGCAGGCGCAACGCAAUGUUUCCGGCCCCAUUAGACAACAAGAGCAGCAAGUGGCACGUACAAUCACCAACAUGCAGCAGCAGAUCCAGCAGCACCAGCGUCAGCUGUACCAAGCGCUGCUGAUGAAGCAGCAGCAAGUUCCUUCUCAUUCCUCCUCCUCCUCCUCUUCCUCCGCUGGUCUGCAUCCCCCCGGUGGCCACGCCGGAGGCCAUGGUUCCGGCAAAUCAACCCACGACCCCUACACAGGCCAACACCAGUCCCCGGGCCUCUCCGACUCAAUGCACACCAAAGAGGCGCUGUCUUCGCCCAACGCCUACAGCUCCUACCCUCUCUCUGGACUGAAUCCAAACAUGAAUGUAAACUGUAUGGAGGUUGGGGGUCUUUCCCUGAAGGAGCCCCCUCAGCCUCAAUCCCGCCUGUCCCAGUGGACACACUCCAACUCCAUGGACAGCCUCUCUGGCAACUCCUCAAACAUGGAGAACCUCAAUAAGCACGGUGCCAUAUCUGCUGCCUCUUCCCUCGGCCCCCCUGGGAAGCCCCCCCAUAUGGAGGACUCAUACAGCCCCUACAAUCUAAUGUCCAGCUCUGAGUCCCCCACCAGCCCCCAAGAUAGCUGGGGCCCUGGCAAGAGCCAGAAUGAAAAGAUCUCCAAUGGGACCAACAUUAACUGGCCCCCAGAGUUCUGCCCCGGUGUGCCAUGGAAGGGUCUUCAGAACAUCGACCCUGAGAAUGACCCCAACAUGACCCCUGGCAGCGUCCCCAGCGGUCCCACCAUCAACACCAACAUCCACGACGUCAAUCGAUACCUACUGCGGGACAGGAAUGGAGCCACUUCCCCUGCUUCGUCACUGGAGAAUGGCUCUCUGCCCCCCCCCAGCAGCGACUGGCCAUUCAGUGGCUACAAUAGCUCUUUCAGUCUGUCUUCCUCUGAUGGAGACAGCUCAGGGAAAAUGUCUGACAUGAAGUCCACCUGGUCCCAAGGGCCCAUCUCUCAGAGCCAGGCCUCUCUGUCCCACGAGCUGUGGAAGGUUCCUCAGGGGCCCCGCAGCAACCCGGCCCCCUCCCGGCCUCCACCGGGUCUCAGCCACAACAAGCCCUCCUCCACCUGGGGAGGCAACUCCCUGGGCCUGGCCCAAGGCUGGAGCAACUCCUACACCUCUGAGACAACCACCUGGAGUACGGACAGCUCCAACAGGACCAGCAGCUGGCUGGUGCUGAGGAAUCUCACCCCACAGAUUGAUGGCUCAACUCUGCGGACCCUGUGCAUGCAGCACGGCCCCCUGAUCACAUUCCACCUCAACCUGACCCAGGGGAACGCUGUGGUGCGCUACAGCUCCAAGGACGAAGCCGCAAAAGCCCAGAAGUCUCUGCACAUGUGUGUGCUUGGGAACACCACCAUCCUGGCGGAGUUUGCCGGGGAGGAGGAGGUGAACCGCUUCUUUGCACAAGGCCAGUCGCUGGGGGCUAACACCACCAGCUGGCAGGCCAACCCUGGAGCCAAUCAGAACAGGAUGGGCGGAGGCGGACAGUCCCACUCCAUGAGCCAGUGGAGCAGCGGUGGCGGCGGAGGCAAGCCCAGCGGAGGCGACUUGCUGUGGGGCAACGUGCCCCAGUACUCCAGCCUGUGGGGACCCCCGAGCGGAGAGGACCACAGGGGGAUCGGGAGCCCCACUUCCAUCAACACCCUGCUGCCUGGAGACCUGCUGAGUGGGGAGUCCAUGUAGGAGGAUGCUAAGAUACACUAAACAACCAACCCACCACCACCACCACCAUGUCACGUAAGGCAUUGGUGGUGGGUGGGUGAUAAAAAAGAAAAAAAGUCUAUACAAACAGGAGCAAAACCCAAGCAAAUCAUGUGGCGAUAAUCAGUAUCAAUUUGAACUGUGAAUUAUGAAUCAGAAGGCGGGAGUCCCUACCACACAGACUGCUGACUCCAGUCCUUCUGCUUCACUUUUGUCCCUUUUUUUUGUUUGGUUUUACCUCCUUUGGGGAAAAGAAGCAAACAUUUUUUCCCUUUGGUAUUUUUGAUCAUGUAAAACUAACUGAAAUGAGACACAACACAAAGAAACCUUUUAAGUGUUUUUAGUUUUUCCAUAAGUAUACAUGACAUUCUGUGUGAAGUUUUUUAUGAGAAGCAAUCAAAGCUGCCAUCUGAGACUUUCCUUUUCCCUCCAAAAAAAGAAGAAGAAUCAUCCCAAAAUAAGAACUUAAAACAACCAUUCCCAGCAUGUCCAUGGCCAAUGAUGUGGUUCAAAGACCUUUACUAGUUAUGUUAACGUUUGUUUCUCAGCACUAAUAUUAGCCUUAAGUGCUCUCUGGCAUAGGUCCUUCCCAAGCCGCCUUUUUUAGUUUCUUUUGUAACUGAAGAAAUAGCUGAAAUCUUGCACAGUUUCACCUCUGAGCCAGCAGGUGGUACAGGACAUGACUGGUGACCGACUCUGUCACUGGGCAGAGAGAAGGCCUGGCCACGUGACUGGCCCUACCAAUCAUCAGCUUAACUAUUUGAUUUGUAUUCUCAAAGGGAUAGACACAGCUGUUAAAUGUCCUCUUUAUUUGUAGGCCUAGACCCAAGCGCAUUAUUUUAUAUCUAUUACAACAUAUAAGCUGACAGAAGAUUAUUUGUCGACCUCGCUGCGUGUCUCUGUUUCCGUACAUGCCUAUUAUGUCCGGUGGCACCUAAUCAUUGACGUCUGCAAGCCCAGAUCCUUCUGGUCACCUUCAACCCAGGCGCUUACCGGUGCUGUGUUGAAUUUUCUAUCGUCCGAUUUGUUAUGAAGCCCAGCGGUCUGUAUGGUCAGCCAGUUUUUGGAGGAAAAAAAAAAGGACACAAUUUACCUUCAUGUGACAGUUACAUUGUGCAAUAUACACCAUAGACCUUUCUUCCGUCCAUACUCUACGUCCACCGGAGCUGGUUUCGCUUUUUUCGAUUGUUGCCGAUUGCAGCAAAAAGACUUUGGAACUUCACGAACCUUACCCCCUUUUUUCAAAACUUGGAUUCCCCCCAGGCCGCCAGUCCCCCUGAAACUGUUGGGACAACUCUGCAAAGAGGAAGCAACAGCUUUUGAACUGUGCAUGCAGCAAACUGUACACAAGAAUGACACUGUGUACACAAUAAUGCACACUUCCUCUCUGCGUGCCACAGCCACACCCAACAGAGACUGAAUCCACAGUGGGAUUGGACGGUUUGGGUAUCUGGCACAAUACCAAAUAAGAGGGGUUUCUCCUAAUGCAGUAGACCUACGAGUGUUCCUUGCGUUUGGUACUGUACAAACAAAUGAGACUAAGACUUUUAUAAAUUCAAAGGGUUUUAUCAUAGCACUUAUGAAGAGCAAAUCGCUUCAACUGCAAUCCAAUAAAUCUAAAAAGGAGCAGCAUAAACAUUGAAAACUACAAAUACUGCUCUUUUAUGUACUAUA